GCCUAAUGAUAGGCUCUUCGUAGGGGGCACGUCUUAAAGACACCGUAAUAUUUAUAUAACGUAUCUCCGUUUGGUUUGUUUUAGCUGGUCAAGUUUUACAGAGCUCUUCUUACAAUUCGUCAUUGGUAAAAUCAUUUUUUUUUUCAGCUCUGUCCAUUUACCAGUGGAAAAAUUGCUGGAUUCUGAUCAUGAGGCGGACUAAACGAAAGCGGGGAACCUCUCCUGUCUUGGAACAAAAGGAGGUAACUGAAGGUGCAGAACAAAACAGUAAAAGCAUCUCCAAGCACGAGAAACCUAAAUUUGUAAAGCCUAACCCAAAAGAGAAGAAACAGCAAGAGGAGUACCAAUGUUGGCUGAUGAAAUCAGAGCCAGAUACCAGAAUAGAAAAAGGAAUGGAUAUGAAGUUUGGAAUUGAAGAUUUAAUGGCACAGCCCAGCCAGACAGCUUGCUGGGAUGGGGUCAGGAAUUAUCAGGCACGUAACUUCAUGAGAGUAAUGAAGAUUGGGCAGGAGGCCUUUUUCUAUCACAGUAACUGUAAAGAGCCAGGAAUUGCUGGCAUUGUGAAGAUUGUAAAAGAAUCUUAUGAGGACCAUACUCAAUUCGACCCAAAAAAUCCACAUUACGAUGCCUCUAGCAGCCCGGAAAAUCCUAAAUGGUCUAUGGUGGAUGUGCAGUUUGUACGGAAGUUAAAGCGUUACAUUCCCCUGGCAGAGCUAAAGAAGCUUCACCUGAAUGACAAAUCAUCAGGGGGCCCACUAAGGAACAUAGCCUUGUUUACAAGAGCAAGACUGUCUGUGCAGCCUUUGACACAAGAUGAAUUUGAUUUUAUUUUAAAGUUAGAAGACCAGAAGGAAGUGUAAGGUUUGCUAAAGCAAUAUGAACCCUCGCCAAAGUCACCUGGAGGAACAUCAUUCCAUUUUCUGUUAAACUGUAAUGUAUCUUUUUUUUUUUUUUAAUAAACAAAUAGUACACUU